CGAAAAAUGGCCGUUCCAUCGGUGUUUGACGGGAUCUAGUACACCUUUCAUAAAGAUAUUCGAUAUGUUCCAUUCGUGGUGAAGAAAGUGAUCAUAGGAAUAAAACGAACAGUGUAAUAGAAACACAGAAAAAGUAAAAUUACGAACGAUUGAACGAUUGCUUUCGAGUGAGAGAAACAGUAAGGAACGGGGGGGUGGGGUAGGGUGGGGUGUGGUAGGGUGAGAGUGGGGGAGGGUGAGCGAAGAAAAGGAGAGAAAGGAAAACGAAAGGGUGAGGUGAAGAUAGAAACUAUCGGGAAGGGAAGAAAUAGUGGUAGAAAGAAUUAAGGAAAAGGGGGAAAAAGCAAAGAUGCAAAUGGAAGUGCGGGAUUGUGAAAUAACGCACUCUCUGAGAAGAAUUCGGAUUGUGUAGAAACGUCAUCAACGAUUACCAUACGACAUUGUUGGUGGAAAUAAAAUAUUAAUCAUAUUUGGAUCGGUUGGCAUCUUGAUCAAUCUACUACUUUGCAGCCAAGGAAUGUAGGCGACGAAAGUACGGAUCAGAAUAAUAAUAUAACUAUGAUGAGCGAGGAUUUGCUGCAGCCCGGCCAUGUGGUCAAAGAACGGUGGAAAGUCGUCAAGAGAAUAGGAGGUGGUGGAUUUGGUGAAAUUUAUGAAGGCCUAGACUUAAUGACCAGAGAGCAAGUUGCAUUGAAAGUUGAAUCGGCACGUCAAUCAAAGCAGGUUCUUAAGAUGGAAGUAGCAGUAUUGAAAAAACUACAAGGUCGAGAACAUGUAUGCAGGUUUAUAGGAUGUGGACGUAAUGAUCGAUUCAAUUAUGUUGUGAUGCAAUUACAAGGAAAGAAUUUGGCCGAAUUACGACGUGCUCAACCUCGAGGUGCUUUCUCAUUGUCCACCACUUUGCGUUUAGGUCUCCAAAUCCUUAAAGCAAUUGAAAGCAUACAUCAAGUAGGCUUUCUUCAUAGAGAUAUUAAACCUUCUAACUUUUCAAUGGGUCGACUUCCGCAUACCUCCAAGUUGGUUUAUAUGUUAGACUUUGGUCUAGCUCGUCAAUUUACGACAGGCACUGGAGAAGUUAGACCACCUCGUAGCAUGGCAGGAUUUAGAGGAACCGUCCGGUACGCAUCCGUGAAUGCGCACAAAAACAAAGAAAUGGGCAGACACGAUGAUUUGUGGUCACUAUUUUAUAUGCUAGUAGAAUUUAUUAAUGGACAACUUCCAUGGCGAAAGAUAAAGGAUAAAGAACAGGUGGGUCUCAUGAAAGAAAAGUACGAUCAUCGUUUACUUUUAAAACAUCUUCCAGCAGAUCUCCGCGUUUUUUUGGAACAUGUUCAGAGUUUGGGAUAUGCAGAUAAACCGGAUUAUGCAAUGCUGGCAGGUUUAUUUGAGCGCUGCUUAAAACGUAGAGGAGUGAAAUGUACCGAUCCUUAUGAUUGGGAAAGACCAUAUAUAUCAAACGAAAGUUUACCAACUACCAGAUCUCUACCUAGUAAUUAUCAGGUCGCUACGCCUCCGGUACUGACCACUGCGACCACGAUCAAUCAGGCACCAACCACGCCAAAUGUCGAUACAAAUAAUCAAGAAAAUGUCGAACCCGACAACAGAAAGGAAUUAGACGCACAAAUGGAUUAUGAAAGUAUAUGUAGAAGAAAUAAACAACGCGGAGUAGAAGGAUCUUCAGUGCCGUUUACAUCGGCUAUCAGCAAUCAUGGCCGAGAUAAAAAUUGUAAUGCAACAAUACCUACAAUGGACAACACUCGCCAACAAUCCGGACAACGAGCUCAAGACUCGCCUAAAAAAAGACGUGCAGUUUCAAUAGAAGCAGAACCACAAUCAGUUUUAAUAGAAAUCGAAGCAGACGUAACACCACCCCCUCAUUCCGCUUCAGAACUUCCUCGCAAUAAAAUUGAAGUUAAUGCUGCAACGCCAUUAAUAAUAUCAGCAAGUGGUGCAACAUUUGCUCGAUUGCGAGUCACACCCGCACCCGAAGCAACGCCUGGUGAACCUCCCAGCCCUCGAGUACAAACUGAAGUCGAUGCUUGUUACUGUUCCUACGACGUUACCAAUCCAAAAUACGUUGGCAAUCAGAGUCCUGUAACGGAACAGAGGGAAGCGUUGAAAAGGGAACCGCGAAGGAGAACAGAUGGACGUCAACAGACAAGGGCUAGCCGUGCUGCAAUAAGAGAUUAUUCCAUUACUCAGUUCGCGCAGAUUGAGGAUGAAAAUGUGUCAGCACUGCAGCAAGUAACUAAAGGAGGUGGCGGUUUGACUAUAAUUUCUCAGUGGAAAUCACAAUUUGACGAUUCCGAGGAGACUGAUAAUGAAUGGAAAGGAGAGAAUUUACAAAGUCCAGAGCAUAAAGGAACUAAUUUACCAGUUAUGGUUCCACAGUCAACAGUUGGUAGUGAUGCUGUGACUAUCGCAACUUCAGUGCCUGCAUCUAUUGAUGCAAAAACGACAGUAAUUCAGUCAACCAUGUCGGUCGCGCCUCAACAUUCGAUAAUACCAACUGCCCUCUCUCGAAUAAGUGAAGAUUCUACGAAACCCGCGGCUCCUCACAGGUGUUUAAACAUAGCUGGUAUCGAGAAAUAUCCAGACCUUCAAGGUGCGCUUCCACGCGCUUGGAGUGUUCCUGCAUUGGCACCACAUGUUCGCGCUUACCUCGAAGCACCUCUGGUACAACAAGCCGCGUUCGAUGAUUUAUUAUACGAGGUUGACGUCAUGAGAAAUAUAGCAACGCGUUACGAUGAACCACGGCAAAGCCCUCCACCACGAAGAGCGAGCGUACCGGCUGUUGCUUUCUCGCCGCCUAACACAAUACCUAGCACACCUAGAGGAGAGGAAGAAGAGGAAGCAGUAGCAGGAAGACUGGAGAUUAGAGUAGUUGACGCAACAGGUGGUGCUACCGUUGUACAAACUACGGCGGAUAGAAAACCAUUGCAAAGAAAAAUGACAAACGGUACAGUAGAUAGUGUGGCUAGUCCUAAUCCAGAAAGAGAGGAACUUUGGAUAUACGCUGAUGCUGUUGAAAAUCGAGCACCUGUCGAUGAUGCCGUGCACAAGGAGAACAGCACUAUCUCUGCCUCGGCCACUAUACCGAAUGCAGCACCACUUCGUGAAUAUAAGGACGAUAAAGAAAAGGAGGCUUCUAAUAGGACUUAUAAUACUAUCAGUAAAAUUCCAAUUCCGGUUAAAAGUCCUAGAUGUUCACUUUCGGAAUCAACUCCAGAAACAAAUAUGCAAAAUACCAAGAGUAGUGUGGGGAAUGAAAUAGAAAAAUCGUCUACAGCUGUGGCCGUAACAAGGGAAAAAGAUGCUACUGUCAAAGGCAAACGCUUGACAGUGGAGGUAUUACGACGUUGCUCAGCAUUGCCCGAUGAACCAUCAAUCUUUUCACCUUUAACAUCGGCUAAUUCAACAGAAGAUGAAAAUUUAACUGGAUGUACUCCUGCAUUGCGCCGCAGAAGGCAAAGCGAAAAAUACGUAACCGAUGCCAGUCAACUGAAUCUACGAUUUCAAAGACCACAACGCAGGAUCAGAUCUCAUUCUGAAGUAUUAUCCAAAUUUUCUCCUAGGGGAGUACCCUCGCAUCUUCUAGGAGAAACGGCUAAACGAACUGACGAGAGUAGUGACAAUGACUCUGAUAACAGUGGCCCACCGAAUGCUCAACCUCCAGCACCCCCUACAUCUCUGCCGCCUCAUGUUGCAGAAAAUAAUGCUAGAUGCCGCAGAUUUCGACCUAUAUCAGACGGGACAAUAAUCAGCAAAGAAUGGUGAGAUAUAGCGUCUGUGGAAGCCAAUUCAAAUAUUUGUUUAUAUCAGCGACCGACAGAAACUUUGAAGUCUGUUUGUUCGAAUGUAUGGAAUCUUUCUUCCCGUGUGAAAGAAAGCAAAAAAAUAAUAUUAAUUUUAUGAUGAUUUGAUUCAAAGUGUCACAUAAAACUUGUUAACUUCUACGUGGAGAGAAGGAGAACGUGUUAUCACGUGAGAAAUCAUUACUUUCUUAGAUAAAACAAUUUUGGUAAAAAUGUUAAAGCAAAAUGAAUAUUACUCAGAGAAAUGCAAUGGAAUAUUAUCAGUUCUGCACGUUGAGUGAGCUAGAAAUUCUUCUAGAUCAAACUAUCUGCAGGUGCAUAUUUCAUUCAGGUGUAAGAUUCUGUUGCAAAAGUUACACGAAUUGGUGGUGCUUCAAAGAAUGUACUUCCUAGUCUACAAAGGUAUGUGACGAUAUGAUAAAGCUCACUGAAUAUUUAUCAGAUAUGUACGUUAC